AGCUUACGGUCACGCUGCUGUUUUUUGUACAUUUGGUCACACCAAAGACGGCACGUCAUUAGUUUAACUUGUUAUUGUGUUACUUGUAAGCAAAAGACAUCACAAUGAGUGCGCUGUUCAACUUCCAAAGCUUAUUGUCGGUUAUUCUGCUGAUGAUUUGCACCUGUGCGUAUUUGCGGUCUUUGUUCCCCAGUAUCAUUGAUCGCAACAAGAAAGGUUUCCUCGGUACAUUUUAUAAGCUGGCGCGCAUUGGUGAACGCAAAUCUCCUUGGGUUGGCGCCGCUUGCUUGAUAAUGGCAUUUACCGUCUUGUUUCUAAGUUGAACAUAAUGAAUCCGGAACUGGAAAUUGGGCAUCGCAUAAAGUAGCAUUAAGUUCAGCUAGUUUAUUUG